AUGACAGAGCUCGAGUCUGCCAUUCCCGAAUGGCUGCGAAAAGAUCGCACAGUACCGGCGAGAGCUCCGCCGGGCUUCAAGCCUUCUUUCGAGCUUUACACGUCCAGAUUCCCAAGAGACACAAAAGAUCUUGUCAUGGCAGUCAUCGGCGCCCAAUACUUACCAAAUGUGAAGCACGAUGGUUCGGCCUUAAGAACAAUAUCUGAGUUCAUUACCUCCAACUCAGCCACUCCAGAAUCGCGCCCCGGCUUUCACGAGGUCGCAGCAGUGACCGACAACCGCGGCUUCUACAAUCUCGCUGUAUUCGCAUACUGGCCUAGCAAGUCAGCAUACCAAGAAUGGUCAACCACCAGCGGAUUCCACGAUUGGUGGAGCAAUCUUACGUCUGACGAUAAUGGCUGGUUUCUUGAGGUCUUUUACCCGACGAUCGAUCGCCUCGAGACAGUGUUUUCGACACAAUUACCGGAAGGUGCUGGGAACUUGAGAGAGAGCAUCACUGGUCCCAUACAGGAACACGUCUAUUGGGGGAGCAUGCGGGACCGCCUUCCCAUCUCACAGACGGACGAACUUCUUGGGGACACUGAGACUGUCAAGAACGGGGAUUCUGCCACGAAUGGCGCUGCCAAGUCAAAGAGAGUGCGGGUUCACGGCAAGAAGAAUCUCUGCGUCAUCCGGUCGGGCCAAGACUGGUCAGCCGCUCUUCCCGAAGAACGCCAGAUCUAUCUCGACUCCAUGCAACCACCCCUGACUAGAGGCAUGGACUUCUUACGUGACCACGGCGACGAGGUCGGCUGUAUCAGCUGUCGCUUCAUGGAUGUAGUGGAUCCGGUCACAGCUGAGGGUGGCACAGAUCGCACAUUCUGCCUUGCGUAUUUCGACAACCUCAGCUCCUUAGAAAGCUGGAGCAAAGAGCACAGGACACACCUCGCCAUCUUUGGGGAGUUUGCCAAGUACGCCAAAAGACUAGGAGAUAAGAUGAGUCUGAGCUUAUUCCACGAAGUGCUUGUUUUGGAGGCGGAGCAGCAAAUGUUCGAGUAUAUUGGUUGCCAUGAUGGAACCGGGGUGCUGGGUAGUUGCUAA